GCUAGAUAUAACGAGGUGUUAUCUAAAUGCCAGGGGGCUUCCCGUGCUAUGCCCAUUUAGUAUCUAGGAAUGGGACCUGCUAACUACGUUUUCCACCCCAGUAGCCUCCGAUGUGUGCUCCGAACGGCAGUAGGUAUCAUCCGUUUGAUAUACUCCGCGCCGGAUGUGGAGACGCCAUUGCACCAAACAAUAUCCGUGGAUUAUUGUACUGUUAUCAGCGGAAAGCCCUUGGUCACACUCGAUAGCGGCGAGAGUAGGACCAAUCUGCCUGGUGAUACGCUUGAUUAUCUGUCUUCUUUCUAUCUUUCGCACUAUGGAGAUGGUUGAUUCGUAUUGUUGAAAUUAGAUGCUAUUAGGUUGAAAUUAGAUGCUAUUAGGUGUUGCAUGUAGAAAUGGAAAAGCUUCGACAGAAUUCGACCUAGCCGUCUUAUACACCCUUUUUCGAGUGUGGCUUCAUAUGAAGUCAAAGGGUAAACCCUUCGAGAUUCUUCGAGAAGAUAGGUCGUUAUGCUGAC